AUGUCGUCAACUGAUGUGGGUCGGCACGUCCUUCUCACGGGCGCAAAUGGCUUUGUAGCCUCGCAUAUCCUAUCGAUCCUCAUUGGGCGCGGAUAUGCCGUCACGGCGACUGUUCGUUCCCAUGGGAAAGCAGACGAUAUCAUCAAAACCCACCCUGAAUGGAAGGACCGCGUCAAGUUUGCGAUCGUGGCUGAUUUGAGCUCCGCAAAACCUUUUGAUACCAUCUUUCAAAAUGCAAAGAACCCGUUUAACUAUAUUAUCCAUACUGCGUCUCCCGUGAGGUUCCAGGUGACGGAUAUUUGGAAAGAGAUGAUCGAGCCAGCCGUCAUGGGUACUAUGGAGAUCUUAAAGGCUGCCCACCAUUAUGGCGGCAGCGACCUGAAACGGUUUGUCCUGUUAGGCAGUGCGGUUUCCGUCUUGAACUCUUUCGAGGACUUGUCCCGAGAAGGGGUGCCGUAUACUGAACGAAGUUGGAAUCCCGUUACUGCUGAACAAGCCAUUGAGAAUAAUGACCCUGUUCUGGGGUACAACGUGUCCAAGACCAUGGCCGAGAAAUCUGCGUGGCAGUUCGUGAGGAAGAAGUCCCCAUCUUUUGACCUGGUGGUAAUAAACCCGGACUUCAUCAUAGGACCUAUGAUCCAUCCCAUUUCGGGCCCGAAGAAUGUCGCCGAGACCAACCAGUUUGCCAUCAGAAGCUUCAUCGAUGGAACCUAUAAGCAGAUCGAAGAUGCGACGUUUCCUUUCUACCAUUUCGUGGAUGUCCGCGACGUGGCCCAGAGCCAUGCUGAUGCGUUGACGAAUCCUGCAGCGGCAAACCAACGUAUUCUUCUUAUCUCGGACCUUAUAGCGCCACAAUUGGUCGCUAACGUCAUCCGGAAGAACUUUCCUGCGCUCAAAGAUCGAGUACCUGAGGGUAAUCCCUCGCAGAUUUUGCCCUCUGGCGUCCACCCGACGGGAUGGGAUAUGCGGGUCAGUCUUGACAUCCUUGCUAAGGGCACUAAGGAGGGUAAAUGGAACUAUAUCGACCUCGAAACUAGCGUUACUGAUACUGUUAACUCAAUGAUCGAGCAUAAUGUAAUUUAA